UUCUCUGUAUUCACACACAGGGAGAUGGAACAUUGAAGGCCCAAUCUAAAAUCAUAUUCUUCACAAACAAACACUCACUCCUAUCACUCCACUUAGUAUAAAUUUUCCAUACAACCCAACAAGUCCACCAACAUUCGCCACUCUCUCACACCCAUUUUCGCUUUUCAAAUUUCUCACUCUUUGGAGCAAAAAGAAAAAGAAAAACAAAGGAGUAAAAAUAAUAUGAACAAACAACUCACCCUCUUCUGUCUCUUUAUCCUCUUCUCAUCUUUCAGUGUUGUUUACGCCGGCAACGCGGUGGCCGGAGAGAAAAAUCCGUUCACCCCGAAAGGGUUUGCGAUUCGGUAUUGGGACAAGGAGAUCCGCAACAACUUGCCGAAGCCAUCGUUCCUGCUCUCCAAGGCGUCACCGCUGAGCGCGGUGGACGCGGCGGCGUUCGUUAAACUCGCCGCCGGGAAUGCCCUCUCAACGCGCCUGCCGGAAUUCUGCUCCGCGGCUAAACUCCUCUGCUUCCCGGAAUUGGGAGCCAGCCUGGAGAAGCACGACAAAGACGCGAACUUCGCAGUGUACAAUGACAAGAACUUCACCAACUACGGAACGGAUCGACCCGGUGGGUUGGACUCGUUCAAGAACUACUCGGAGGGGGAGAACAUUCCGGUGAACGAUUUCCGGCGGUACAGCAGAGACUCCGCAGGGCAUAAGGACAGUUUCCUCAGCUACGCCUCUGAAGGGAACGUGGUGGACCAGAGCUUCCACACCUACGGCGCCGGAGCCACCGGCGGCGCCGGCGAGUUCAAGCGUUACUCCAACCAAGUAAACGUCCCGGACCUCCGUUUCACCUCCUACUCCGAUGACGCCAACGGGAGGACCCAGUCGUUCUCCUCUUACUCCGAGGACGGCAAUGCAGGGGAACAAUCCUUCACCAGCUACGGCAAAAACGGAAAUGGCCCGAAUCACGAGUUCACAUCCUAUGGGACAGGCUCCAACGUUGUCGGGUCUGGAUUCUCCAAUUACGCCGAAACAUCGAAUGGCUCCAACGACACUUUCAAGGGUUAUGGCGUGGAUAUGAACAACCCCACCAACACCUUCACCAACUACGCCGGCGGCGGCAACGGCGCCACCGAGAGCUUCGCCAAUUACCGAGACCAGGCCAAUGUCGGCGCCGACUCGUUCACCUCGUACGCGAAGGGCUCCAACGCUGCCAACGUUGGUUUCAACAACUACGGAAAAUCCUUCAACGAAGGAACCGACACUUUCACCGGUUACGCUAAAAGUGCCACUGGGGAAACCAAGGUAGGGUUCAAGGGCUACGGCGUGAACAACACGUUCAAGGAGUACGCUAAAGAGGGUGUCUCGUUUGCCAUGUACACCAACGUGAGCACCACGAUGCUUAGUUCUUCUUCCAUGGCGAAAUCAGUGAGUGGCAGUUUGGUAAAAAAGUGGGUUGAGCCGGGCAAAUUCUUUCGUGAGAAGAUGAUGAAGGAAGGGACGGUGAUGCCUUUGCCAGACUUAAAAGAUAAAAUGCCUGAAAGGUCGUUUUUACCCCGAAGCAUACUGGCGAAAUUACCGUUUUCGACCUCGAAGAUUUCUGAACUGAAGCAAUUGUUCAAGGCUUCGGAUAAUGGUUCAAUGGAGAAGAUGAUGAGGGAUUCGUUGCAAGAGUGCGAAAGGGUUCCUAGCCCUGGCGAGACCAAGCGCUGUGUGGGUUCCAUCGAGGACAUGAUCGACUUUGCAACCUCGGUUCUGGGUCGGAAUGUUGCGGUUCGGACCACCCAAAACGUAAACGGGUCAAAGAAAAACGUGAUGGUGGGUCAAGUUAAAGGGAUCAAUGGUGGCAAAGUCACGCAAUCCGUAUCUUGCCAUCAGAGUUUAUUUCCUUACCUGCUCUACUAUUGCCAUUCCGUUCCAAAGGUUCGGGUCUACGAAACGGAUCUUCUUGACCCGAAUACCAAGGCUAAGAUCAAUCAUGGUGUUGCCAUAUGUCACUUGGACACCUCGGAUUGGAGCCCUGCCCACGGAGCUUUCCUCUCUCUCGGGUCGGGUCCGGGUCGGAUUGAAGUCUGCCACUGGAUCUUCGAGAACGACAUGACCUGGACCAUUGCUGAUUGAGAGAAAACCAAUUGUUGCUAAGAAAAAAAAAGAAAUUUAGCAGCUGGCUGUCCUCCACCUCAAGAGCAAUUUAUUUUUAAUUUGAUAUUUAAGUAAUGUAUUUUUAUUUUUAUUUUUUAAAUUUUUAGUUUUUGAUAGAAAGUUAAGUUAUGGUUUUACAUUUGGAAGAAGGUAUAUUUUAUAUGAUUAUUAUUUACUCAAAUCAUUAUUAGCUUGGCAAUCUGUAAGUGUUUAUGGCCUUCCCUAAUGAUUGG